GCCCACUUCCGGGGCGGGUCUGCGGGACCCGGAAGUCGUUAGGGAGCUCGGCCGAGAAGUCGGCUUUUAAAUCGUUUGCUGUCGUUUUUCCUCACUCGCUGGUCCUGGCACUGCCACCGCUCCCGCCGCCAUGGGGAAACGGCAGCAUCAGAAGGACAAGAUGUACAUUACCUGUGCUGAAUACACUCACUUCUAUGGUGGCAAGAAACCAGAUAUCCCACAAGCAAAUUUUCGUCGCUUACCUUUUGAUCACUGCAGUCUCUCUCUGCAGCCCUUCGUCUACCCAGUCUGCACCCCCGAAGGAGUCGUCUUUGACUUGCUUAACAUCGUCCCUUGGCUUAAGAAGUAUGGGACCAACCCCAGCAAUGGAGAGAAGCUGGAUGGGAGGUCCCUGAUCAAGCUGAACUUUGCAAAGAACAACGAAGGUGAGUGAUCCCUUUGACACCCAAUUCAAAAAUUGGCCCACAGACCCCAUAGCCCCUGUCUCUCACCAAGAUCUCUGCAGAAUCCAUCAUUCCUUUCUGAUCAAGCCAGACAUGGUUUUUUUUCUUUUUUAUGUUUAUUUAUUUUUGAGAGAGAGACAGAGCAUGUGCGAGUGAGGGAGAGGCAGAGAGAGGGAGAGAGGGAGAGAAAUCCUAAGCAGACCCCAUCAUAUUGGCACAGAGCCCGACCCGAGGCUCAGUCUCCUGAAUCAUGAGAUCAUGACUUGAGCUGAAAUCAAGAGUCAGGUGCUUAACUGACUGAGCCACCCAGGCACCCCAUCCC